GCAUGGCGGCUGGCGCCCUGUUUACCCGCGGUGCAUGGUGGGACCGUCGCCUCGGACAACCAGCCAGCCCCCCUCCCUGGGGGCUGCCCCUUGGCUGUGCGGAACGAGCGCGGCGGCGGCAUGCGUCCGGCCUCCACAUCAUCAGAGCCUCUGGCGAGCCCCGACUACUACGAGAGGCUGGGCCGCCUCCAGCACCAGCUGCGGGACAGUGAAAAAAAGAGACUGGACCUGGAAAAGAAACUGUAUGAAUAUAAUCAAUCUGAUGUAUACAGAGUUAAGCUGAAGUAUGUUAAACUAAAGAAAUACCUGAAGGAAAUAUGUGAAUCAGAAAAGAAGGCUCAUACCCGAAACCGAGAAUAUUUAAAGCGGUUUGAGCAUGUCCAAGCUCAUGUUGGACACCUUACCACAAAUACAGAGAAGCUUCAAGAACUGAAGAAUGAAUAUGAGGCUCAAAUGAAGAAGAUGCAGCUACUGUCAAAAGAGAGCCUGGGAACAAGAGGCGAACUGGAAGAUGAAGACAGAGGAAAGGUUGCAAGGCAGGCAGGAAUUAACUCGGGGACAGCCAUGUCAAGAGGAUUGUAUCAACCAGCAACAAUCUUUAUGGGCUGCCAAAUGUCAGCUGUCUCAAGCAUUGGAGGUUUCAGUACAGAGCAGAAAUCUCCCCAGCCCACAAAGAACUUUUCAAUUCCUGACCCACAUUCACACCGACAGACAGCCCAGAGCGGUAAUGUGACAGACAGCUAUGUAGUACAAACUAAUAGUGCCACACAGCGCUUAAAUAAGUCUGACAAAAUAGAUGGAAAGACAUCUCUUCAGAUUGGUGGGGAAACGCCAGUCACAGCCAGCUCAUUGUCUGAGGAGGAACAAACUCAUUGCUUGCAGAUAGGAAGCAACACACGUCACGGUGAGAGUAGUUUAUCUGAAGGCGAAAAGUCUGCUGAACUCCAUUCCCUGUUACGGAAAAGAUUAAGUCCAGAGAACAGAACCACUGAUAUAAAGUGUGACAGUUCCAGCAGAUCAGAGGGAUCAGAAGGAGAAAUACUGACACAGGAACAUAUUGAAGUCAAGGAAGAAAGAGCCAGACCUCCAGUCUCCCGGGUAUCAGUCUCAGAAUACUGUGCAUCUGAAAAUAAGUGUUCUCAAGAGAAGGAUUCUGCUUGGGAAGGUUUCUCAGAUCAUCUUCCUCCCAGGGACCCGGAGUCACAGAAACCCUUCAGAAAAAUGCAGGAAGAGCAGGCGGAGGAAAGUUUGAGCAGCAGUAGCAGUGACCUCACAGUCUCUGUCAGUGAAGAUGAUCUCAGUUUCAAGAGUCCAGAACCACAGCCAAAUCCGAGUGACAAGAUGGAGGGAGAAGAUGGAAUAGAGGCCUUAAAAUUAAUCCACUCUGAGCAAGAAAGAGAUGCCCUAUCCACCGAAAAACAUAAUUAUAUUUUGCAAACCCUAAGCUCUCCUGAUUCAAAAAAGGAAUCCUCCACUAACUCACCAAUAAGAGAAUCUGAACAAGCCCCAGCAGCAGCCUUAUUGAGGGCACACUUGGAUUGGCAUGUUGCCACCUUGCAAGAACAUGAUAAUUCUAUCAAAGAAGAGGUAGCUAAGCCAUCUAAAGUUUUCCCAGUCAAAAACAUGAACCAGACGACAAGGGCAACAGCAUUAUUGAAAAAAGCCCUUACAGAAGAGUGUGACAGUAGGUCAGCUAUUCACAGUGAUGAAUCAUCUUGCAGCUUGCCGUCUAUUCUGAAUGACAAUAGUGGAAUAAAGGAAGCCAAACCCGCUCAGUGGCUCAACAAUGUUCGUACAAAGGAACAAGAAGUUUCCAGUGGCUGUGGAGACGAGAGCAGGGAAGAAAGCAUGGCAGCGAAGAUCCCGAUAACAGAAACAAAAGCCUACCAGAUGCUGAAGCAGUCUACCCUUCAGGAUAAUAUAAAUCACACUGAUGACAGAUUCCAAAAGAUGGAUGUUUCUGUGUUACAACUGUCAGGUCUGAACAUUGGCAGCGGGACAUUCAAGACAAAGACAGCUAACAAAAUCGCUUUGGAGGCUAGUUUUUCAUCGAGCGAAGGAAGUCCUUUGUCAAGGCAUGAAAAUGAAAAGAAAUUAACUACCAAUUUAGAGUCUAAAGCCUUCUGGGGUGAGUCUGAUGACAGUAACUCAGAAAUUGAAGCUGCGUUACGUCCUAGAAACCACAACACAUCCGCUGAUGAUUUUGAUGAUUUUUAUGAUUUUUAUGACUAAUGAGCAGUAACAACUGUUGGAAAUAAAGUCAUCAAACAAA